AUGGUAGGAAAAAUGAAAAUCCCUUGUUGUUCGGUUUGCCAAACGCGGUACAACGAGGAGGAACGUGUUCCACUUCUGCUCCAAUGCGGCCACGGCUUCUGCAGAGACUGCCUUUCUAAAAUGUUCUCGGAAUCGCUGGACGCCACGCUAGCGUGUCCCCGCUGCCGCCACGUGUCUACCGUCGGCAACUCCGUGCAGGCUCUGCGCAAGAACUACGCGGUGCUCGCGCUCAUCCACUCCGCCGCCGCGAACAGCGGCGGAGGCGGCGGUGGAGGAGCGAACUUCGAUUGCGACUUCACCGACGAGGAGGAGGAGGAGGACGGCGCCGUGGAAGACGGCGAUGAGGAUGACGAGAAGCGGCGCCGGAACAGCCGCGGAUCGCAGGCGUCGAGCUCCGGCGGAUGCGAGCCGGUGAUCGAGGUAGGAGCGCACCAGGACCUGAAGCUGGUUAGGCGGAUUGGGGAGGGUAGGAGGGCCGGCGUGGAGAUGUGGAUGGCGGUGAUCGGCGGCGGGGACGGUGGUCGGCGGUGCCGGCACAACGUAGCGGUGAAGAAGGUGGCGGUGGUGGAGGGGAUGGAUUUGGAUUGGGUGCAGGGGAAGUUGGAGGAUUUGCGUAGGGCUUCGAUGUGGUGUAGAAAUGUGUGCACUUUCCACGGAACAAUGAGGGUGGAUGAGAGUUUGUGCCUUGUGAUGGAUAGGUGUUAUGGAUCGGUUCAGUCUGAGAUGCAGCGUAAUGAGGGGAGGCUCACUUUGGAGCAAGUCCUAAGAUAUGGGGCAGACAUUGCACGAGGGGUUGUUGAACUUCAUGCUGCAGGUGUUGUUUGCAUGAAUUUAAAACCUUCCAAUCUUCUUCUUGAUGCAAAUGGUCAUGCUGUGGUUUCUGAUUAUGGACUUGCUACAAUUCUGAAGAAACCUUCCUGUUGGAAGGCUCGACCAGAGUGUGACUCCUCAAAGAUCCAUUCCUGUAUGGAGUGUAUAAUGCUCAGCCCACAUUAUACAGCACCAGAGGCUUGGGAACCUGUGAAGAAGUCAUUAAAUUUGUUUUGGGAUGAUGGAAUAGGUAUAUCUUCCGAAUCAGAUGCCUGGAGUUUUGGUUGUACAUUGGUGGAGAUGUGCACGGGUUCCAUUCCUUGGGCAGGUUUAAGUGCUGAGGAAAUCUAUCGAGCUGCUGUUAAGGCUAAGAAACUACCUCCACAAUAUGCUAGUGUAGUUGGUGGUGGAAUUCCAAGGGAAUUGUGGAAGAUGAUCGGGGAGUGCUUGCAAUUCAAGCCAUCUAAAAGGCCUACUUUUAGUGCAAUGCUGGCAAUAUUUCUCCGUCAUUUGCAGGAAAUACCACGCAGCCCUCCUGCAAGCCCUGAUAAUGACUUAGUUAAGGGUUCUGUAUCAAAUGUUACGGAGCCUUCCACAGUACCUGAAUUGGAAGUUCCUCAGGAAAACCCAAACCAUCUUCAUCGGCUUGUGACUGAAGGAGAUGUCGCAGGUGUUAGAGAUCUUCUUGCAAAGGCUGCAUCAGAAAAUGGAAGCAAUUACAUAUCUUCUCUAUUGGAAGCUCAAAAUGCCGAUGGAACAGCUCUCCACUUAGCUUGUAGACGUGGUAGUGCAGAACUUGUUGAGACAAUUCUGGAGUAUAGAGAGGCAAAUGUUGAUGUAUUGGACAAAGAUGGAGAUCCUCCUCUUGUUUUUGCAUUAGCUGCUGGGUCCCCUGAAUGUGUUUGUAGCCUUAUCAAAAGAAACGCUAAUGUACGGUCACGAUUGAGAGAUGGAUUUGGCCCAUCGGUAGCUCAUGUUUGUGCCUAUCAUGGCCAACCAGAUUGUAUGCGAGAGUUAUUGUUAGCUGGAGCUGAUCCUAAUGCAGUGGAUGAUGAAGGUGAAUCUGUUCUGCAUAGAGCAGUUGCCAAGAAGUACACAGACUGUGCUCUUGUGAUAUUGGAGAAUGGAGGUUGUAGAUCAAUGGCAAUCUUGAAUUCAAAGAAUCUGACACCACUGCACUUGUGUGUGGCAACAUGGAAUGUUACUGUGGUGAAGAGAUGGGUGGAAGUUGCAACUCCUGAUGAGAUAGCUGAAGCAAUUGACAUACCAAGUCCUAUUGGCACUGCCUUGUGCAUGGCAGCUGCUUCUAAGAAAGACCAUGAAAGUGAAGGGAGAGAACUGGUGCGGAUAUUGCUGGCAGCAGGAGCUGAUCCAUCUGCUCAAGAUUCACAGAAUGGGAGGACAGCUUUGCAUACAGCUGCUAUGUUAAAUGAUGUGGACUUGGUUAAGGUUAUUCUUGCUGCUGGUGUUGAUGUGAACAUUCGUAAUAUGCACAACAGUAUACCUCUUCACUUGGCCUUAGCUAGGGGUGCAAAGGCAUGCGUUGGGCUGCUUCUGGCUGCUGGGGCAGAUUAUAAUUGGCAGGAUGAUGAUGGUGACAAUGCUUUCCAUAUAGCAGCAGAUACAGCAAAAAUGAUACGUGAAAAUCUUGACUGGCUUAUUGUUAUGCUAAUGAAUCCUGAUGCUGAUAUUGAAGUCAGAAACCACAGUGGCAAGACACUUCGUGACAUAUUAGAGGCUCUCCCUCGAGAAUGGAUAUCUGAGGAUCUGAUGGAAGCACUCGUGAAUAAAGGAGUUCAUUUGUCUCCUACAAUAUUUGAAGUGGGAGACUGGGUGAAGUUUAAAAGAACUGUUGUAACACCAGCAUAUGGAUGGCAAGGUGCUAGACCAAAGAGUGUUGGCUUUGUGCAAAGUGUUCCAGACAGAGAUAAUCUCAUUGUUUCAUUUUGUUCUGGAGAGGCUCAUGUUUUGGCAAAUGAAGUUGUAAAAGUUGUUCCAUUGGACAGGGGACAACAUGUACAACUGAAAGAAGAUGUAAAAGAGCCUAGAUUUGGUUGGCGACAAUCACGCGACAGUAUUGGGACAGUAUUAUGUGUUGAUGAUGAUGGAAUUCUCCGUGUUGGGUUUCCUGGAGCAUCCAGAGGAUGGAAGGCAGACCCAGCAGAGAUGGAACGAGUUGAGGAAUUCAAGGUUGGAGACUGGGUUCGUAUUCGUCCAACCCUUACUUCUGCAAAGCAUGGAUUAGGAUCUGUGACACCAGGAAGCAUUGGCAUUGUAUACUGUAUCCGACCAGACAGUAGUCUUUUAAUAGAACUGAGCUAUCUUCCAAAUCCAUGGCAUUGUGAACCAGAGGAGGUUGAGCAUGUUGCUCCUUUUAGAAUUGGUGAUCGGGUAUGUGUGAAGCGAUCUGUUGCAGAACCUAGAUAUGCUUGGGGUGGUGAGACACAUCAUAGUGUUGGAAGAAUAAGUGAGAUUGAGAAUGAUGGUCUCUUAAUAAUAGAUAUACCAAAUCGACCCAUACCAUGGCAAGCUGAUCCAUCUGACAUGGAGAAGGUGGAAGAUUUUAAGGUUGGAGAUUGGGUCAGAGUGAAAGCUUCAGUGUCUUCUCCAAAAUAUGGAUGGGAGGAUAUUACAAGGAAUAGUAUUGGGGUAAUUCAUAGCUUGGAGGAGGAUGGUGAUAUGGGUGUUGCCUUUUGCUUCAGAAGUAAACCUUUUUCUUGCUCCGUCACUGAUGUGGAAAAGGUUCCUCCGUUUGAGGUGGGACAAGAAAUUCAUGUGAUGCCAUCUGUUACUCAGCCACGGCUUGGGUGGUCAAAUGAAUCACCAGCUACUGUUGGAAAAAUAGUGAGAAUCGACAUGGAUGGUGCUCUCAAUGUGAGGGUCACUGGUAGGCAGAGCUUGUGGAAAGUUUCUCCUGGAGAUGCUGAACGGCUUCCAGGAUUUGAAGUUGGGGAUUGGGUACGCUCAAAACCAAGCCUGGGAACCAGACCAAGUUAUGACUGGAAUACUGUUGGGAGAGAGAGUUUAGCUGUUGUGCAUAGUGUACAGGAUUCUGGAUACUUGGAGUUGGCCUGCUGUUUCCGUAAAGGGAAGUGGAUCACUCAUUAUACAGAUGUUGAAAAGGUUUCUAGCUUUAAAGUUGGGCAGUAUGUCAGGUUCCGAACUGGUUUGGUUGAACCAAGGUGGGGUUGGAGAGGAGCUCAGCCUGAAUCUCAAGGGGUCAUAACCAGUAUUCAUGCUGAUGGAGAAGUCAGGGUCGCAUUCUUUGGAUUGCCAGGAUUGUGGAGAGGAGAUCCUUCAGACCUUGAGAUUGAACAAAUGUUUGAAGUGGGAGAGUGGGUGAGGUUAAAAGAUGAUGAAAGUAAUUGGAAAUCAAUUGGGCCAGGUAGUGUUGGUGUCGUUCAAGGAAUAGGGUAUGAAGGAAAUGAAUUGGACAGAAGCGUUUUUGUUGGCUUUUGCGGGGAGCAAGAAAAGUGGGUAGGACCAAGUUCCCAUCUUGAAAGAUUUGACAAACUCUUUGUUGGACAGAAGGUUAGAGUCAAACAAUAUGUAAGGCAACCGAGAUUUGGAUGGUCAGGGCACACCCAUGCUAGUGUUGGGACUAUACAAGCAAUUGAUGCUGAUGGAAAGCUUCGAAUAUACACUCCAGCUGGAUCCAAAGCAUGGAUGUUGGAUCCAUCAGAAGUGGAGGUGGUAGCAGAGGAGCAGCUCUCUAUUGGCGACUGGGUAAGGGUUAAAGCAUCAGUAUCAACCCCAACCCACCAUUGGGGGGAAGUGAGUCACUCAAGCAUUGGGGUGGUGCAUCGGAUGGAAGAUGAGGAUCUGUGGGUGGCAUUCUGUUUUAUGGAGAGGAGGCUAUGGCUUUGCAAAGCAUGGGAAAUGGAACGGGUUAGGCCAUUUAAAGUGGGGGACAAGGUAAGGAUCAAAGAAGGACUGGUGACCCCACGAUGGGGAUGGGGAAUGGAAACACAUGCCAGCAAGGGACAGGUUGUAGGGGUAGACGCAAAUGGAAAACUAAGAAUAAAAUUUCGGUGGAGGGAAGGUAGGCCCUGGAUAGGAGACCCUGCUGAUCUUGCCCUUGAUGAGAACUGAUGUGCUAUUUUAGGAAACAUGGAAGCUUGUAUCAUAACUUAAUUUUCAUAUUCAGCUCUUUAGCCUAUGUUUUUCUGGGCCUGAGCUUGUGCUAAGGAAGUGGAAAGCUUUAUGUGCUUACCACAUGCUCUGAUGAAGGUAUAACUCCAUUGUGAAGGUUGAAAUGCAGUUUGGCCGCAUGUAUUGGUGUUAAUAAACAGAGUGAAAAAAGAAUUGAAGCCAUGGAGAUAGGAAAAUCGGCUUGCUGACCGAGUGUGGAGAUUUAAAGGCAGCUAAAACAAAUAUUGGCAGUUGGCCCAUUUAUAUUCAUUACUCACAAGUUUGUAGUCCCAGAUUUUGAGGUGCAUAUCAUAUAUAUGUUUAUUUCAUAUUAUUGUACAAAUUGUACUCAACAGUCAACUUAAUGCAUUUUUUUGACUCACCAAUAUGCAGUUGCAUAAUUCUUGAAUAGAAUUGAUUCUAUUAUACAGCGUUUG